AUGUCGGUCACUCUGCACACCACCCUCGGUGACAUCAAGGUGGAAGUGUUCUGCGAAACAACACCACGUGCAGCUGAAAACUUCCUCGGUCACUGUGCAGCUGGCACAUACAACGACGUCAAAUGGCACCGCAACAUCAAGGCGUUCAUGAUCCAGACCGGCGAUCCAACGGGUACAGGCAAAGGCGGCCAGUCAAUCUGGGGCAAGCCUUUCGCCGACGAGAUCCGAUCUACACUCAAGUUCGACCGCCGAGGUAUCGUCGCAUGUGCCAACGCAGGUCCGGAUACCAACAAGUCGCAAUUCUUCAUCACCUACGCCAAACAGCCGCAUCUGGACGGGAAGUACACCAUCAUCGGUAAGGUCAUCGAUGGCGCAGAGGACGGAGGAACGCUGGACGCCAUGGAGGUUGUCCCGGUCGAUAGUAAGAACAGGCCGACAAGCGAGAUCAGGAUGACCAGCGUCACGGUUCAUGCCAACCCGAUUGCAAUGAAAGCAAUCGGCAAGUGA